AUGUGGAAAAUAAUUUUCUUUUUAGUAUCAUUACAACUAUCUAUAAUAGAAACCAAGUUUCUAGCAGGGCAGUGCCAAGCUAAAUCGUGUAAGAAUGGCGGAAUUUGUCACAAAGGUCCAGAGAGUAAUACUCAUUGGUGUAGUUGCCCUCAAGGAGUUUUUGGAUCAAGAUGUGAACGGUUAGCUUGUCCGGAUGUCUGUGAAAAUGGUGGACAAUGUUCUCGAGAUGGAUUAGACUUCAUAUGCAAGUGUCCUUUCGGCUUCGAAGGACGAUUCUGUGAGAGACUGUCAACAAACAAUAUCUGCAAAACAGAGUCUCUGUGUGGACCAUAUGGAACAUGUCAAUUGACAAACUCCCUAAACGAAUACAAGUGCUUGUGUCAGAAAGGAUGGAUAGGACAAUAUUGCUCCGAGCGAGAUCCAUGCCCUAUCGAUUACUGUAAGAAUGGAGGAAGUUGCAAUUUCAAUGGAAAAGAGAUAUCGUGCACUUGUCCAGCAAACUUUGAUGGUCCUCUCUGUCAGCAUGAGCUAGAUGCAUGUUUAUCACAGCCUUGUCUUAAUGGUCGUUGCAUUAGUAAGCCUGGCUCAUUCCGUUGCGAAUGUGACAAAGGAUUUGUCGGAUCAAGAUGUGAGAAUAGAAGUACUGCUUACCAAUGUUCAAUGGGUACAAGAAAUCUGGAAAACAGUUGUAAGAAUGGAGGAGUUUGUGCAUAUCAAGAUGGUCAAUAUUCAUGUGUGUGCCCGAAUAUGUUUGAAGGAGCUUUCUGUGAAAAAGAUGUCAACGAGUGUGCCGCUGCUAAUCAGCCAUGUAGAAAUGGAGGGACUUGUAUAAAUAAUAAUGGAGGAUUCGCCUGUGUAUGUCCCAAUGGCUUUGAAGGAGAACUAUGUGAAGUGGAUCGUGAUGACUGUGCCGGAAAUCCAUGUAGCUAUGGAUCUACAUGUGUUGAUGGCUUGGCCAUGUUCACCUGCGAAUGUCCUGUCGGAAAGACUGGAGUUCUUUGCGAACUGGAAGAUCAAUGUGUUACAAGACAACCUUGUAGAAAUGGGAAAUGUAUCACUGACUCUUCAUCAGGGGAAUACGCCUGUGAUUGUGACAAAGGGUUCCAGGGAUUGCAUUGCGACGAUGACAUCAAUGAAUGUGCUCUAGGAGAAGAGUUAUGUUAUAACAAUGGAACUUGUGUUAAUACUCCAGGUGGAUAUCAAUGCUUCUGCAACAAACCUUUCACUGGAAGUCAUUGCGACCAACUUAUGUCCUCUUGUGAGCCAGAUCCUUGUUUGAAUCAUGGAAUCUGCAUUGAUCACAUUGAACAUUUUGAAUGCAUUUGCAAAGAAGGAUUUUCUGGACCAAGAUGUGAAGUUCAUGGGACUACCUGCCCAGAAAAAGCUUGUCUUAAUGGAGGUGUUUGUGACGAGACUGUUUGUGUUUGCCCUAAAGGUUACUCUGGAAUGUUUUGUGAACAAGAAGGGAUUGUGUGUGGCAUGCAAACUUGUCCCUCUGGCACUGUAUGUAUUGACAAUGGUCCUAACAAUUUACCCGUAUGUGGAUGCCCUAAAGGUUUUUAUGGUUUGGAUUGUCAGCUGAGAGAAAUAACUAAUGAUUUGAACGGAUGCUUAACAAAUCCAUGUCUUCAUGGAAGUUGUCAGGACACCUCAGAUGGAUACAAAUGUAUCUGUCCCAAAGGUUAUGGAGGAAAGCAAUGUGAUGAGCCCAUCAAUCACUGUAACACAACAACAUGUUCAAACAACGGUACUUGUGUCCAUGAUAUUAAUGGGUUCGUGUGCCGAUGCCCUGAACCUUUCUCUGGCCAGCGCUGUGAACUGAGAUUUGAUGCAUGUGCUAACAAGAGCUGUGGUUCCAACGCUGUCUGUGAAAUCGAUGAACGUUUUGCUACUGCAAGAUGUGUUUGCAAGAAAGGCUUUACUGGAGAGUUUUGUGAUCAGGAUGUCGACGAGUGUGCCAAAAGUCCUUGUGAAAAUGGUAGCGUCUGUAAGAAUACAUAUGGUGGUUAUCAAUGCAAAUGUCCAAACCAAUACUCUGGUGUCAAUUGCGAAGUCAAGCAAGAUUUCUGUUCUAAGAAUCCUUGUGCGAACAACGGAACUUGCGUUGAAGAAUCAAAUGGUUUCAAAUGUUUGUGCCCAUCUGGAUUUAGUGGAUAUACAUGUCAAGCUGACAUAGAUGAUUGCAUUAAUAACCCUUGUCUCAAUGGAGCAACGUGCGUAGACGCUGUUGACAGUUACAAAUGUGAAUGUGGUCCAGGCUUCAGUGGAAGAGACUGCCAAAUUAAUGUGGAUGAGUGUAAACCUUAUGGACUUUGUUUGAAUGGAGGUACUUGUGUGGAUGGCAUCAAUUCCUAUAAAUGUGCUUGCAAACGAGGAUUUACUGGCCAGAACUGUCAGACAUUUGUUGAUGUCGAUCAGUUCAAUAUCACAGACAGAAUGGAGAAGGACUUCUGCAAAUCACGCAACUGUGCAUCCAAAGCUCAUAAUGGAGUUUGUGAUGAAGAAUGCAAUUUCUUCGGCUGUGAUUACGAUGGAAACGAUUGCUCAGCUAUGUCAAAGCCUUAUUCGAAGUGUACUCAUGCCAGCUAUUGUUCUCGAGUUUUCCGCGAUCACAAAUGUGAUGAGAUUUGUAACAAUGAGGCUUGUCUAUUCGAUGGUUUCGAUUGUGACAGACCAUCACCCAAUUGUCCUUAUAAAGACUAUUGUGAACAGCAUUACGCAGACAACAGGUGUGACCAGAAGUGUAACUCAUUAGGUUGUGGUUUCGAUGGAGGAGAUUGCGAGAAAUCAGAUGAGAAUAUCCUUUUCGGAGACGUUCUAAUGGUGAUCUUGAGUCCUCCUGAGGUGUUUGUCACCCAAGUCAAUAAGUUUUUGAUGACAUUGAGUAGCAAGCUUCGUGCUUCUAUCCGUAUCAAGUCUGAUGAUGAGGGACCAAUGAUCUUUAAAUGGACCGAUGGAAAUACUGGAGACAGAGUACCUGUGUCAGCUGAUCAGUCUCUCUCUAUCUCUUAUGGAGGAGUCCUGAGACAAAAACGAAAUGCCAAUCGUGGAGUUAUCGUUUGGAUUAACAUAGACGUUGCUUCUUGCUCCGGGGAUUGUUUCAGCGAUGUUGAUAUUGUUGCCAAUUAUUUAGGACAAGCUCAAGCUAAGAAGGAACUAGCUGAAAUCGGAAUGCCCAUAUAUGAAGCUAUUGCCAGACGGCCGGAUUCUCCGGAAGUACAUCAGCCGUCUUCCUUCUACGCUGCUCUUCUGUGUGGUAUCGGAGUUAUGAUAAUAUUGGGAUCAAUUUAUGUCCUUCAACAACAACGAAGAACUAGAAAGAGAAGAAUAGUUAACGCACCAACAUGGUAUCCUCCAACAGAGGCUCAAAAUAAACAGCUAUCCAUUCAUCAAGCAGAACAUACAGCACGAAUGAACUUGUUUGGAUCAAACAUUGAUCUUUGUAACUGUAAACGUCCCAAGAUUGAUUUGGAAUACUAUAAUCCUGAAUGUUAUGAUCAUAGCUGUGGAUCUAUCGCUAGCACAUCAAAACCUGUCGUGUUCAAACCACCUGCCAGUCCUUCAUUCAGCAAUCCUUCUAGCCUUCACCUACAGGCUUCUUCGAUUGAACCCAUUGCUACCCCUAUUGAUGCAGCUCAAGUUAAUUGUCGAGCUGGAGCUUCUUGUAGAACUCCUCUGAUGUGGCUAGCUGAGAAUACAUUGAAAUCCAUGGAUAUUGUUCUGGAUGAUGUGCAGAAAUUGUUCAAUGCUGGUGCUGAUUUGAAUAUGCAGGAUGACUGUGAGGAAACUGCUUUGUUUGUCGCCUGUAGAUUUGGGAGAUACGAACUUGUGAGAAAGUUACUCGAUCUCGGAGCAGAUCCAACUAUUAUGAAUAAUAAGAACAGUACUUGUCUUCAUCAAGCUUCUCAUAACGGUGACAUCAGACUAACAAAAGAACUAUUGAGAUUGAAAUCUGUUGUGAACGAGAUUAAUGAAGUUGAUGAAUUCGACAGAACAGCCUUGAUGGUAUGUGCGAUGAAUUGUAUCCUCAGUACGGAAGUUGCUGAAGCUCUUAUUGAGGCUGGUGCCGAUCCAUCUUUCCCAGGUGACAAGAGUGCCAGAACUUACAAGGGACGAACUGCUUUACAUUAUGCCGCUCAAUACAGUAACAUCAAAAUGCUCAAGUAUUUGUUGGCAGAAGGAGCUAAUAAAGAUGCUCAAGAUCUCGAGGAAUGUACUCCUUUGUUCUUGGCUGCCAAAGAAGGUCGUCUAGAGUCCGUGAUUAUGCUCGUUGAGGCUGGUGCAAGUGUUGAAAUCACUGAUCAGAAAGAAAGAACACCACGAGAAAUUGCUGAAGAUCAACACUUCUCUGAAAUCGUUGAAGUUCUCAAUUCUAAAACAACAGUACUUCCUCUGUCGGUCUGCAAUGGAAAAUCGCUUGUCAAGCACGGCAAAACAUCAGGCAAAGGAGUCAAGCGUGUUGCCGUUAAAAGAAAACCACAACCUCUUACUCCACCACAUUCGGACGGCGUUUCUACUCCAUCUCCAGAUAACUACUCCCUCGGUCGACCCUUACUCUGUAAUCAAUCAACUCUCCUUGACUCUCCUGUUAGUGAUCCUAUGUCUUCUCAUCGAGACAUCAAGUAUUCUCCAACGAACUGCACAAUGAUGACUCCUACCUACUGGAAUAAUUCAAACAUCUAUAUCAAGUCUUCUCCCCCCUAUGAAGAACAUCAUAGCGAGUAUGGAUUGGGCGCAACAUCAUUCUAUAGUUCUCAGGGAAAUCCAUUUGGAAACUCUUUCAUUUUUGAUACUUCCUCAACGGAAAAUCAUCCAUCGGGUACACCUCCUCUAUUCUUUCCAGCGUGUCAAUACUCAUCGCAAUUCCAUCAGGUUUAG